GGGGUGUCCUCUUCAGCUUGGAGGAAGGAGCUUCCUUCUGGAACCAGUUCCUGACGUGGAGAAUCUUCUUUGCCUCCAUGAUCUCCACGUUCACUCUGAACUCUGUCCUGAGCGUUUACCACGGCAACGCCUGGGAUCUCUCCAGCCCUGGGCUCAUCAACUUCGGACGGUUUGAUAACGAGAAAAUGGGAUACACGAUCCAGGAAAUUCCCAUCUUCAUCUUCAUGGGAGUGGUUGGUGGGAUCCUCGGGGCUCUGUUCAAUGCCCUCAAUUACUGGUUAACGAUGUUCCGCAUCAGGUACAUCCACCGGCCCUGCCUUCAGGUGGUUGAGGCCAUGCUGGUGGCAGCAGUGACGGCGACUGUGGGCUUUGUCAUGAUUUACUGCUCGAGGGACUGCCAGCCCAUCCAGGGGAGCACGGUGGCGUAUCCCCUGCAGCUUUUCUGCGCUGAUGGAGAGUACAACUCCAUGGCCACUGCCUUCUUCAACACUCCUGAGAAGGGCGUCGUCAACCUCUUCCAUGACCCUCCAGGUUCCUACAACCCUAUGACGCUAGGCAUGUUUACGCUGAUGUAUUUCUUCCUGGCCUGCUGGACCUAUGGCCUCACGGUGUCCGCAGGGGUCUUCAUCCCCUCCCUGCUGAUCGGCGCUGCCUGGGGGAGGCUCUUCGGCAUCUCCCUGUCCUACCUGAGCAAGGGCUCGAUCUGGGCUGAUCCCGGGAAGUACGCCCUGAUGGGAGCUGCCGCACAGCUGGGUGGGAUAGUGCGGAUGACGCUGAGCCUCACUGUCAUCAUGAUGGAGGCAACAGGCAAUGUCACCUAUGGCUUCCCCAUCAUGCUGGUGCUGAUGACGGCGAAGAUUGUGGGAGACUACUUUGUGGAGGGUCUCUACGACAUGCACAUCCAGCUGCAGAGUGUGCCCUUCCUGCACUGGGAGGCCCCGGUGACGUCCCACUCCCUCACGGCCAGGGAGGUCAUGAGCACUCCUGUCACCUGCCUGCGGAGGAUCGAGCGCGUGGGCACAGUUGUGGACAUCCUCAGCGACACCUCCUCCAACCACAAUGGUUUCCCGGUGGUGGAGAGCAACCCUGACACCUCGCAGGACCUCAGCGAGUUCAUGAACCCCUCACCCUACACUGUGCCUCAGGAGGCAUCGCUCCCGCGGGUGUUCAAGCUCUUCCGCGCCUUGGGACUGCGGCACUUGGUGGUCGUGGACAAUCGCAAUGAG